AUGAUCCAGCGAAAUAUCCUCCGGAGCGCGAACGCAGCCCUGCGGUCACAGUCAUCAUUUGCUCCGUUACGGGCCGCGAGGCCGGCGGGGUUCACAGCUCGCGUGAUGCCCAUGCCAUCACAGCGGGCAGCGGCGAGAUGGUACUCUGAUGCGCCGGCGGCGAAGGAGGGCGAAGCCGCGAAGGAGGAAGAGGCGAAGCCAUCAGAGACGAAGCCAUCGGAAGCGGAUGAGUUGAAGGCGACGGUGGAGAAGAAGGAUAAGGAGAUUUUGGAUUGGAAGGACAAAUACCUCCGCAGCGUUGCCGACUUCCGCAACCUUCAAGACCGCACGAAACGCGAAGUCCAAGCCGCCAAAGAUUUCGCCCUCCAACGAUUCGCCCGGGACCUCGUCGAAUCUGUUGACAACCUCGACCGCGCUCUUAUCACCGUUCCAGCCGAAUCGUUGAACGCGGAAAAUAAGGACCUCGUCACGUUACACGAUGGCCUCAAGAUGACGGAGAGCAUUCUCAUGAGCACGUUGAAGAAGCACGGAUUGGAGAGAUUCGACCCGAGUACUGAGGGGAUGAAGUUUGAUCCCAACAUCCACGAGGCUGUGUUCCAGACACCCCAGCCGGAUAAGGAGGAUGGGACCGUGUUCCACACGCAGCAGAAGGGCUUCUUGCUCAAUGGACGGGUCUUGAGGGCCGCCAAAGUCGGAGUUGUCAAGAACUCGUAGAGCACCGCCGCCCCAUUUUCGCCUCCUCCUCCAACCACUACCUCCUCGCACCUCCAUCCAUCCCGACACCCUUCUCGCAUUUGUAUAAACAGGCUUUCGACUCGGCUCCUCGCGCACUAAAAAAUGGCGUUAUUAGAUUGAUCUAGUGUACUUAUAUCCCCUCUCCUCGCGCGGUCGACACCGAAUCAUGUAUGGAACCUUGAAUUAUGGCAUCGGGUUUGUAAUAUAAGAGUCACGAUAGUUCAUCUAUAGGCCUGUCUUGGGAGACAAGGCCUUCUGGUGGGAUAUGGGAUCU